UCUCUCUCUCUCUCUCUCUCUCUCUCUCUCUCUCUCGGGUUUACUUUCUGUGAUCGAUCGUGUCAGAGGCGGUUGCUCUCGGAAAAUGGAAGUUGAGAAGUCGGCGAUCGUGAAGAACGACGAGGUGAUGUCCCACAUCCAACGCGAGGAGGAGGAUUCCAAUAGGAAGAUCUUCGAGGCCUACGCCGAACAAGUUCGUAAGACCGAGGGUUAUGAGGUUACGAUCUCACCACCUGGUAAGAUAAUGGGUGGAUUUCUCCCAAUGGACAUAAGCGUAGAGAAGAGGUACCAGGACUACGACAUGUGUGCUCAACUUGCCGUCGACAAGUUUAACUCUUUGUUUAAGGAACAACUUGGUCUUGAGCUCGAGUUUGUCAAGGUUUUGAUGGUAACUGUUCGGCCGUCCUGCGUUUUCACCUUCUACAUAACCUUUGAGGCUAAGGAUCUUGCUGAUGAGGCCAAGGUUAAGACCUAUCAAACACAGGUGUUAAUGGGAUUGCCCCGUGGCACGUGGAAAGUGAAAACUUUGAGGCCCAAACCUAACCUGGAUGAACAAGGUUGCUAUUGUCCAACAGUACCAUUCUGGAAAGAGAAGUAACAGACGUUCCCUUAGCACGGUUAGUAUAUGUUUCAAUCAUCACAUCGAUGCACAACUUUAGUUGGUCCACUCUCGGUGAUGUUUUUCAGUACAAGGAAGAUAAGUGAAUGAUAUCGUAGUUUGGUUUAUUGGCUGUCAUACUCUAUGGGUUACUGAUGCACAUUUAUUUAUUCAAUUGUUAGUUUAUUGUACAUGUGAUAGUAUGAUUGGAUGCAAUUUCCCGAGAAUGUGUUCUCUAGCAUGCUAGUUGGGUUAAAUAACCGAAAUUCUCAAUGUUUCUUUUGUACGUUUGACGGAGGAUGUGUUUACUGCCAUACCUCCCAUUUCACUGUAGAAAAUCACCCAAACAAACUAGGAAACAUGGAUGCAACCUUAAGGGGAUUUCACCAAUAAUGGCAUAGAAAAAGAUUUAAGGGGGAGGGCUUCACAAAGGUGAUCUGAGUACCCUUAGCCCUAAUGUGGAAUCUAAUCUUGUUUACUAGACUAGCAAAGGGUUUGAAUGUCGUGGAAAACUCUGCUAUUCCGCCUGCUUGACAUGGUAGUAUAAUACACCAUGGCUGCCCAAGCAAGCUUUCAAAUGAUAUUGGAAAAGGAUUUUCCACUUGCCAAAUCACUUGGUUACCCCAAGAUUGGUGAGGUUUGGAUAUGCUGAAAAGUGAGCCAACUUGUUUUCAUGUGCAUCUAAAAUAGGGGCGGUUGAAGAAGAGGUCAUGGAGGCUAUCAUCUUCUUGCUGGCAUAAAGGGCUGAUAGGAGAAUUAUGAAUGGCUCCAAUUAAUAAUAUGGUCUUUGGUUCUAAGCCUCCGUUCAAUAGCCAUCCAGAGUACAAAGCAAUGCCUGGGAAUAGAUUUUGAUCAUAUUAUAUGAUACCAGUGUACAAUAGGAGAGUGAACCCUUAUAGCAUUCUACUUAGCUGUCACGUAGUAUGAGGAAGGAAGAGUAACUAACUGUCCACUGAACUUGAUCAGGCCUCGUGCAAUGUUGUUUAUAAAUUAUAAUGGUUGUAUAUACAUAAAUAGAUACAUACAUGUUUAAGGGUGUGUGUGUGUGUAUACAUACAUAUAUACGUGUGCAAUGUUCUAGUUCACAUUUGGUUGAAUACCUAAGAACUUGUGAAUCUCCACAUGGACUGCUCUUAGAAACAUACGUAACUAAUUUCCAAGUCUUUGCUCUUAGAGUGAAAGGAGAAAUCAUUGAAUAUGCCCUAACCAGACCAAGAAGGCAUGGGCAGAGAGGAUCCCGGUAAAAACAACAGUAACUUGGU